UCUUGGGGGGGCGGGGUCUGUGCCUUAGCUCCGCCCCCUCGCACCAAGAGCGCGGAGAGCGGAGCCCGAAAGCUCCUCCCGGGGUGGAUCGCGUAAAGUUCGGACAAGAAACUUUAAACAUUCGCCAGUCAAGCGCGGGCGAAGGCGAGAAAGCCCCAAUCAAAACCGCCCUCCUCUGCGAUGCAUUAGCCCGUCCGCGCGUUCCCAAUGGCUGUAGACCCCGCGGACCACCUCGCCGUGGGUAGGCCCGAGUCGGGACCACGCAGCUCGCCUAGAGUCCGCGGCGGGGAAGGUGCGCCGAGCCCCGGCGACGAGGGAAGGAGGAGAGGGUUCGGCGCGGGACUCCCGGGGUUGCCGCUACUUCUGCUGCUGUUGCUGCUGCUGCUGCUCCUGGUCGCGUACGUGGACGUGAGGCUCCGCCUGGAGGCGCUGGAGAGGCGCUGCGUGGCUGUGGCGGAGCGUGAAGGAGGAGGCUGGGUGCAGCAACCUCUGUGGGAGGAGGAGGCGGCGGCGGUGGGCAUGAGGGAGAGGAGGGAGGAACCGGGCCGACGGAGGGAGAGGCCCCGCGAUAGGAGAAAGAAAGGGCCCCCCGGACCCCCGGGAAGGGACGGGAAAGACGGGGUCCCAGGACCUCCCGGCCCAGCAGGUUCGCCCGGAUCGUGCGAUGACGUCGUAAAGGUGGCCCAUGUGCCCGGCAUUGAUGCCAUCGUCAGCGUGGAGAAGGAUCUUAAAGGGGGUGUGCUCUCGGACUGGGACAGGGAGCGCCUCCUCCUCUCACCCGGCGCGUUUCGCCUUCUCCGCUCCGGCGAACUCGAGGUGCUCAUGCCCGGCCUCUACUUCAUAUACAGCCAGGUGUUCUACCGGAACUUCUCAGACGUAACGGGCCACGUGCUGGUGCUGAACGGGCGCGAGGAAUUCCUGCAGUGCUCGCUUAGCGCCGGCGUCGGCCUUGGAGGCUCGGGGGGGGGCUCGGGAGGCGGGGGGGGGUUCGGCACGUGCCACGCGGCGUGCGUGCGAGCCCUGCGCGCCGGCGACCGGCUGGCGCUGACGGCGCUCUACCCGCGCACGCACAUCACCUCCCACCCGCGCGCCACCUUCAUGGGCGCCGUGCGCCUCGGGGCCGGGUAGCGCCAGCGGAGGCGCUCCCGGGCC